AUGGGUUUGUUCGGUGAGUCCUAUUUCCUCUUCAGCAUCGGAACGUUGCAGCCUUUUUGGAACAUUGUGUACCCGGAAUGCUUCACCAGCAGCAGCGACGACCACGAGACCGCCGACGCGAGUGUCUGUCGACCGCGGCUGCGGCAAUCCUUAACGUACUCUAUCGUCCUCGAUGUGAUCUCGGGUAUGCUAGUGAUUGGCUAUGCCGCUAAUGUGAUAGGACGUCGGAAAGGUUCCAUUCUCACGGCAUCUCUCAUGAGCGGCGCCUCCAUUGCGUUGACGCUUCUUUCUUACACGGCACUCUCGUCGCCAAACUUGUUUCGAUGCAUGAGCUGCGUGCUGUUUGUUUUUGGGGUUGGCGUCGGUGGCGAGUAUCCCCUGUCCGCCUCCUCGGCUUCGGAAAAGGCCAUGGUUUCCUCGUCUUCCCAGCGCCGACUACUAACACCCAGACAACAAGAGCGCGGCAGAUCGGAAUCUACCAUGGAUGGAUUGUAUACCGUCAUGGAAGACGACAACGAUAUACGCCAUCAUACGCACGCAGAGGAAAUUGACAGCAUCAAGUCCCCUCUGCCAACGUCCUCUCCCAACCGUGGACGGCAGGUCCAACUCGUGUUUACCAUGCAGGGGGUGGGGAUCUUUUGCAACUCACUUAUAAUCACUACACUUAUCAUCGUCUUUGACCAAACGGGUGACGCUAUCCGCGACACAAAUAACUAUGACGAUGAUGCCGGCAUCUCCUACAGCUACAAUCACAAUGCACUCCUCAGCAUUUGGCGGUGGACAUAUAUCCUUGGUGCUGUCGUGCUUACUUGUGCAUGGCUGUCCCGAAUACGACACCUUCCCGAAUCGACCGUCUGGAAACAAGACAAGGAUCACCUUGAAGAAUUGGCUCGCGACGCUCUUCGGCAGCAUCACCAGCAGCAGAUGGUAAGCGCUAUCACCGGAUACAGUAAGAGCUCUCCAGCGGCACAAUCACAGCUGUAUACAACGCUGUCGCCCUCCAAAUCCGAAAUUUCAGUUGCCACAUCAGUUUCGUCUCUUUCGGUACCGUCCUUGCUGGCUAACGAUUCCUUAUCGAUCCGCGAUGCUCCCUCUAUCGAUACCGAACGUAAUUUACGAGCGACUUCGACCGCCCUUUUUUUGCGCAACUAUGGCGUCCGCCUGUUUGGAGCAAAGCUCAUUUUGAUCGCUCUGACAGGACCCGACACAACCGUGCUAGAGUUUGCAUUGGCGGCCACCCUAAACGCGGCUGUGGCCUUGCUCGGGUACUUUGGUGCCGCGAUUUUGUUGGAUGUGGUUGGACGAAGGAAACUUCAGCAGUUCGGAUUCUUACUCACAGGAACUUUGUUUGUGGCCUGUGGAUUCUUGUACGAACAGCUAUCGUCCACCAUGUUGAUUGCAUUGUACUUGGGAUCAUCGCUUUUCGCACGACAUUUUUGGUACCGGCCGAAAUUUUCCCGACGUCCCAACGCACCAUGUGCCACGGAAUUGCCGCCGCUUCAGGAAAAUGCGGCGCCCUGCUUGCAGCCGUUCUCUUUCACUACGUCGGCGACGUAA